AAAACACCAGCACCUCUUCCCUACUUCGUUGCGGCGAGUCGAGUCGAAUUUGUGCCCUGGAGCGGCGAUCUCCGCUGACUUUUUUGGCAUCGGAAAGCAAAGAGUUUAGGAAUGGCAAAGUCAAGUUCUAGUGAUGCUCAGGCACUCAUUCGCUCCCUGCGAUCUGCUUAUGCUGCUACACCAACUAGUCUCAAAAUUAUCGAUCUUUAUGUUGUCUAUGCAAUCACCACAGCAGUAAUUCAGAUCAUGUACAUGGGAAUCGUUGGGUCUUUUCCCUUUAAUUCAUUCCUCUCCGGAGUCCUGUCGUGCAUUGGGACAGCAGUUCUUGCAGUUUGCCUCCGCAUUCAAGUAAACAAAGAGAACAAGGAAUUUAAGGAUCUUGCACCUGAACGAGCUUUUGCUGAUUUUGUCCUCUGCAACUUGGUGCUCCACCUGGUGAUCAUGAACUUCCUUGGGUAGAUGGAACUCUGCUGUAGCAUUCUUCCUUUUUUAUAUAUUUUUUUUUUAGCUUGAACUGUGGGACUUCAAGUUUGUUUUUCAUGUUGCUGCUAACAAGAUUUUGUCCUUGUUUAUGGAAAAUGAAUGGAACUCCAUGAAUUGCUAGAGUAAA